AGAUGCCGCCCCUGGCUCACAUCUUCCGAGGGACGUUCGUCCACUCCACCUGGACCUGCCCCAUGGAGGUGCUGCGGGAUCACCUCCUCGGCGUGAGCGACAGCGGCAAAAUAGUGUUUUUAGAAGAAGCAUCUCAACAAGAAAAACUGGCCCAAGAAUGGUGCUUCAAGCCAUGUGAAAUCAGAGAACUGAGCCACCAUUCUGGAUACAUGUGCAGAAUGUGCAGGUUUGUUACAUAGUGAGUUCUUCAUGCCUGGGCUGGUUGAUACACACAUCCAUGCCUCUCAGUAUUCCUUUUCUGGAAGUAACGUAGACCUGCCACUCCUGGAGUGGCUGACCAAGUACACAUUUCCUGCAGAACACAGAUUCCAGAACACUGACUUUGCGGAAGAAGUAUAUACCAGAGUUGUCAGGAGAACACUAAAGAAUGGAACAACCACAGCUUGUUACUUUGGAACACUUCACACUGACUCAUCUCUGCUCCUUGCUGAAAUUACAGAUAAAUUUGGACAGCGGGCAUUUGUGGGCAAAGUUUGCAUGGAUUUGAAUGACACUUUUCCAGAAUACAAGGAGACCACUGAGGAAUCAAUCAAGGAAACCGAGAGAUUUGUGUCAGAAAUGCUUCAAAAGAACUAUUCUAGAGUGAAGCCCAUAGUGACACCGCGUUUUUCCCUCUCCUGCUCUGAGACUUUGAUGGGUGAACUCGGCAGCAUUGCUAAAACCCGUGAUUUGCACAUUCAGAGCCAUAUAAGUGAAACCCGUGAUGAAGUUGAAGCUGUGAAAAACUUACACCCCAAUUAUAAAAACUACACAGAUGUGUAUGAUAAAAACAAUCUUUUGACAACUAAGACAGUGAUGGCACACGGCUGCUACCUCUCUGCAGAAGAACUGAAUGUAUUCCACGAACGAGGAGCGUCCAUCGCACACUGUCCCAAUUCUAAUUUAUCGCUCAGCAGUGGUUUUCUAAAUGUGCUAGAAGUCCUGAAGCAUGAAGUCAAGAUAGGGCUGGGUACAGACGUGGCUGGUGGCUAUUCAUAUUCCAUGCUUGAUGCAAUCAGAAGAGCAGUGAUGGUUUCCAAUAUCCUUUUAAUUAAUAAGGUAAAUGAGAAAAGCCUCACACUCAAAGAAGUCUUCAGACUAGCUACUCUUGGAGGAAGCCAAGCCCUGGGGCUGGAUGGUGAGAUUGGAAACUUUGAAGUAGGCAAGGAAUUUGAUGCCCUCCUGAUCAACCCCAAAGCAUCCGACUCUCCCAUUGAUCUGUUUUAUGGGGAUUUUUUGGGUGAUAUUUCGGAGGCUGUUAUCCAGAAGUUCCUCUAUCUAGGAGAUGAUCGAAAUAUUGAGGAGGUUUAUGUGGGCGGAAAGCAGGUGGUUCCGUUUUCCAGCUCGGUGUAAGACCCUCGGGCAUCUACGACAUUCUCCUGGGAUUAGCGUGGUUCUGCAUCUCCCUUGUGCCCAGGUGGAGUUAGAAAGUCAAAAAAUAGUACCUUGUUCUUGGGAUGACUAUCCCUUUCUGUGUCUAGUUACAGUAUUCACUUGACAAAUAGUUCGAAGGAAGUUGCACUAAUUCUCAACUCUGGUUGAGAGGGUUCAUAAAUUUCAUGAAAAUGUCUCCCUUUGGAGCUGCUCAGACGUACUUUAAGCUCAAACAGAAGGGAAUGCUAUUACUGGUGGUGUUCCUACGAUAAAACUGAAGCAAAGCCUUUUUCAUAUUUGAAAAUGUGGAAAGAAAAGAUGUUCCUAAAAAGUUAGAUAUUUUGAGCUAAUAAAUGCAAAAAAUAGAAAACGGAAAAUGGACCCAUGAGAGUAUAUUUUUAUGAGGGAGCAAAAGUUAGACUGCGAACAAAUGUUAGAAAAUCACUUCAGAUUGUGUUUGAAAAUUAUAUACCGAGCAUACUAAUUUAAAAAGAGAACUUGUUGAAUUUCAAAACGUGUUUCUAGGUUGACCUUGUGUUUUAGAAAUUUGCACUUAAUGGAAUUUGCAUUUCAGAGAUGUGUUAGUGUUGUGCUUUGCCUUCUUUGGGGAUGAAUGUCAGAAAUUGAAUGCCACAUGCUUUCUUAAUAUAGUUUUGUGCUUCAAAGUG